UCCGUUUAAUUUACGAAACAAGCGCUCCCUAAAAUUUGACUUUCAGUUUCAACUUUCAUUAUACAAGAGGACACUUCACAACAUGCUUCGGAUUUUUCGAUCUGCAAGACUGUACUUGCCAGCUAUUGCAAGAAGAGGUUACUGUGAUGCCAAUAUUGACCUCACUGAGGGAGAAAAGAAAAUCAUAUCGGUACUCAAGACAAAGUUUCCAUCAGCCACAAAAGUAGAAGCUCAGGAUAUAUCAGGUGGCUGUGGUGCCAUGUACACUGUGUUUGUGGAGGCUGAAGAAUUCCGAGGACAAAGAACAAUAAAACAACAUCGCAUGGUGAAUGAGGCUUUAAAAGAAGAAAUUAAAGAUAUGCAUGGUUUAAGGAUUACAACUGGAGUACCUGGAUGAUAAGGAUUUAUAAUUGCUGCAACCUCAAAUUGCUAUUUUUUUCCCUUUGAAAGACAAUGGCUUAUUUUGCUGGUUUUAUGAGGAUGUUUGAUUAUUAACAUACUUAAAUUGUAUAUAAAAAUGUUGAACACAU